AUGCAGGGCCGGAUGUUCCAUACUUGGGGCUGGCUGAAGCUGGGCGCCGGGCCUCUGAAACCCUUUCCUACUCGGACUACCUUGUGCCGGAAGGUUGCGGGUGACGAAUCUCCCGAGCGGGCUCAGAGCCCGACUCCGGACUUCGUGCGCCCCCUGCUGGCUCGGCUUGGCUCCCCUCAGUACCCCGGCUUCGCGGCAGCGGCCGGAUCUCAGAUCCGGGGAAACCCUACCGGGGGAACCUCGGGGCGUGACGUCAUCGUCCUCGGUCCCGCGCGGCUCCGGCAGAAUCGGCGCGCCCUAGAGCUGGAGCCACUGGAGCUUGAGGGUAGCCUGGCCGGGAGCCCCCCGGGCCUGGCGCCGCCGCCGCCACCGCACCGCGGCCGCCUGGAGGCGCCGGCGCACUCGCAUCCGCACGUGCACGUGCACCCGCUCCUGCACCACGGGCCCGCGCCGCCGCACACGCACCCACACCCGCACCACCACGCGCUUCCGCACCCCCCGCCGCCUCACCUCGCGGUGCCGCCGCGGCCCUGGAGCUACCCGCGCCAAGCGGAAUCGGACAUGUCCAAGCCACCGUGUUACGAAGAGGCGGUGCUGAUGGCCGAGCCGCCACCGCCCUACAGCGAGGUGCUCACGGACACUCGCGGCCUCUACCGCAAGAUCGUGACACCCUUUCUGAGCCGCCGCGAUAGCGCGGAGAAACAGGAGCAGCCGCCACCCAGCUACAAGCCGCUUUUCCUGGACCGGGGGUACACCUCAGCGCUGCACCUGCCCAGCGCCCCACGGCCCGCGCCGCCCUGCCCUGCUCUCUGUCUGCAGGCCGACCGCGGCCGCCGAGUCUUCCCGAGCUGGACCGACUCAGAGCUCAGCAGCCGUGAGCCCCUGGAGCACGGAGCUUGGCGCCUGCCGGUCUCCAUCCCCUUGUUCGGGAGGACUACAGCCGUAUAGAGGGGCGCCCGGCGUCCCGGGCCCCACCGGCGGACUCCUGGCCUGACUGCGGGGCUUUUUAAAUGCUUCUCUUGGACUGCGGGGAGGGGUGGGGGGAGGGAGGGAUUUCUUACCCCGUUUGUUACAUUUUGAGGAUAAUAAAGGUGUGUGAUCUGGUUUGGUAAAA